AUGGAAAGUGGUUUGGUAAUAAUGAAUAGAACAAAACCUCAUUUCGCUGGGUUAUUAGCCAGUGUUAACUUACAAUUAAAUGAUGUAACUUCAAAAGCAGUUUAUGGUGAUAAAGAACUUUUUUGGAUUGGCCAAAUACUAAUUGGUAAUCAUAAUUCAUUUUCCUUCAAUGAUAAUAAUGCAGCAGCAAUUGGAACUUAUAAUGAAACAUCUAAACUGAUUUGUUCAACUCAAAUGGGCCACUUUGACUCCAAUCUUAAAUUACUAUGGACUAAUGGUGGAUUAAAUAUAUGUAAAAAAAAUUAUGCCUUUUUUUGGGAUUAUACUUGGUAUAAAUCUUUAAGAAAAAAAUUUAGCUCUAUAGCAAAAAUGAAAAAAAGUUAUUCAAACCCAAUCGAUUUAAAAUUUGCUUUAAUCCCUCCUAAAAAUGAUAUAAUUCCAACAAUUAUUAAAAAUAUUAAAAUUUCAAUGGUUGAUAAUUUUAAAAAAGAUCGUUCUUUAGGUUGUGAUGGUUACUUUUAUUGUGCUUUUAGAGGUGAUGAUCCCUCUGAUCAAGGUACUUUAAUCAAAUUUAACAAUGAUGAAUUAAAUCUUUAUAAUCAUGUCAUCGAUAUUUGGAAUUCAAAGUUAGUGAACUCAUCAAUAAUAUAA